GUAAGUACGGACAAGUUCGGACAAGCACGGACAAGCAAGAAUAAGUACGGACAAGUACGGACAAGUACGGACAAGCAAGAAUAAGUACGGAUGACAUGCGAAUGAAGUACGGAGAAGUACGGGUAAGUAGUGGUAAGUAGGCCAAGUACAGAAGAAGACCGCAGCCAAUUUGCUGCAAAGGUUCUGGUGGCCCACGAUGUUAAACGAUGCUAAGUUGUACGUGGAAACUUGUCAAGUUUGUCAACGAGACAAGCCCCGUACUCAGGCUCCUCUUGGGCUGCUCAAGCCCCUUCCGAUUCCGGAAAGGCCGGGUGAAAGUUUGUCCAUGGACUUCAUGGAUACGCUGGUCACCAGCAAGAGUGGGAUGAGGCAGAUCUUCGUCAUUAUGGAUAGGUUUAGUAAGUAUGCUAGGUUAAUAGCCAUGCCGGAAACAGCGAAGACUGAGUAUGUAAUCAGGCUGUUCAAGGAGAACUGGGUGAGGGAUUUUGGAUUGCCUAAGUCUAUUGUAAGUGACAGGGAUGUCAGAUUUACAAGUGAGUUAUGGAAGGCCGCUGCAGCUGAACAGGGAACUCAACUGCAAAUGGCUUCUGGAAACCACCUAGAAGCAAACGGCCAGGCUGAACAGAUGAACCGCGCUGUUCAACACUUGUUGCGGUAUUACAUUAAGCCCAAUCAGGUGGACUGGGACGAGAAGCUUGCUCUUGUCGCCAGUCUGUACAAUAACGCUGUACACAGCGCUACCGGGGAGGCUGUAGAGCAUAUGCAGAAGGCGCAGACAACAAUGAUAGAAUCUGAGAAUAAACACCACCGCCCUUCUACAUUUCAGGUUGGGGAUAGAGUCUGGGUCAAGUCUCCAGAACUGGGACAGGAGUUCGGGAUAUCCCACAAACUCAUGCCUCAGUACUUUGGACCUUGGGAAGUUUUAGACGUAGUAGGGACAGAUCCUGAUGGUCCAUCUUAUGUCAUCCGUAUCCCUGGUCAUCUCAGAACUUACCCUGUCUUUCACGCCUCUAAGCUCGCUGUGUUCGAGGAAACUGAUCAGUUUCCCUCUCGUCGAUCAAUGCUGCCCCCAACCAUGGACGAAGAAGUCGACAUCGAUGAUAUCGUUGACCACAGGGAGAUGCCUGUUCAGAAGCCUCCGGGAAGAAGACGUCCUCCAAAGCCAAAGCUGCAGUUUCGUGUCCACUUCAAACAUCACACAGAUCCAAAGGAGGACCGAUGGUUUACUCGGGAGGAAUUGAUGCACACCGCUCCUCAAAUCGUUGCCCGCUAUGAGAAGGAUGUAUUGAAAGGAAAGCGCCAGAUGGCUCAGGAUUGAUCUUCUCAGAGGACUAACGAAGAUGUGGAGGAGGGAAUCCGAGGCUACACCCGCUUAGCCCCCACGGG